CCGAGAAAGACUUACAGUGAAUUUGCAUACACAAGUCGCUGAGCCUUUUCUCCAAGGUCGUUUUUUUCAAAUCCGAGCUGCUUAACUUGUACUUCUGAAACAUCUUACUUAGGGUUUUGCCUUGUGAUGGCAGCACUCUGUGCACAAGUAGAUUUUCCAAUGUUUUCAUUGAAAACAUAGGGUAAAUAUUCUGGAAGAGGGAAAAUAGUUGUUUACGAUGCUUUGGGGUGAAAUCUCGGGAAAACAAGCAAGAGCAAACCUAGCUUAAAUAUUGCUUCUCUAUAUCCACGUUCUGGAAAUUGUGCGUAAUUAUUGUUAGUGUAAAGUUCCUUAAAAUCUUUUAUGCAGGCACCAAAGAUUGCAUUUCUGUACUUAAAUGCUUGCUGAAUUGUAUUUGUGGAUGUAAAUAGACCAAGAAAUCUUUUUUUCUGUUUGGUAAUGUGGAAGUUAGUCACGUGUAUUACGAUGCACUGUGUGAGCACAAACACAAUUUGAUUAGAAGUUAAUACUUAUUCUGUAUUUUAUUGUAGAGAAAAGACCUGAAGCUUUUUUCCUUCCCAGGUGGCAAACCAGGAAGGUAAAAGCUAGCGUUACAUGUCGUUUACUCUUCUUCUUAUUUUCAUUUGUAUAAUGUAUUCCACAUUGUUCAGCCUUGCAUUUUGAGACUAAGCUCAAAAAUGAGGAGCCCCAGUUGGCAUUGGUAUGCUCAUAUAACAAGGGUUUAUAAAUUAUAUUCUGUUCCUAAUAUUUGCUGUGAUUCUUCCAGGGGAACGUUGUUGUUUUCCAAAAAUUUGACUUGAAGAGGUAGUGGAAGGACACAAGUAAAAGGAUUUGCUAAGAAUUUGUCUCAAGUAUUAUAAACUGUUGUUAGAAGUGAAGUAGAACAUUUUCCAUGUGUACUGUUUUUUUCAUCCAGCUUGUAUGGAAAUAAAGUCCCUCAGAGCAAUUGCCAUAGUCUGCUGACCAAGCAAGACUUGUCAAAAGUCUUGAGCAACAUGAAUUACAACCUAGAGUAUCACGUAGCUGCAACAGAUAUUUAUUAUAGAUGUGCAGUUUCUCCCUCAAUGAUUAAGCCUCAUAUAUCUAGUCAUGCUUUCAAAUGUAUCAUCUGUUUGCCAAUGAACAUAAUAAAACCUUCUUCUUUCGUAUUGGACCAGAUCUCCUGUAACCCAUUCUCCAGCGCUUCUGUAAGCCCAAGGAUGAGAUGAUACAGCUUCUUCCUUUCAUGCUGUCCUUUGAUCUUUUUCAUAGGUCUUUGCAGACUUUUAGGACAGUUUCAGUCAGAGGAUUUCUACCAGGAAGCACUUGUAAGGGAGGCAGAGCGUUGGAAAUGAAAUGGAAUAUAACAAGGUAGAAUACUGUCUCAGGUCAAUGAGAAGACUUGAGUAGAAUUUCACAAUGGAGGCAAAAUCCAUAGUCAUCGGUGUGGAGGGGAUGACAUGCAAUUCCUGUGUUCAAACCAUUGAACAGCAUGUCGGGAAGAUGAAUGGCAUCCAUAACAUUAAAGUAUCUCUAGAGGAUAAGAAUGCAGUCGUCAUUUAUGACUCAAAACUGCAGACUCCAGCAACACUGCAGGAAGCAAUAUAUGACAUGGGAUUUGAUGCUACAUUAGCUGAUUCAAACCCACAACCUGUUUUACCUGACACUAUUUUUCUUGCAAUUCCUACUCAGUCAGCUCUAACGUCUAAACAGAUUUGUAGUACACUUCUAAAGAACAAAGGUAUCUUGGAUGUUAAAUUGUCCUCCGAUCAAAAAACUGCAGUGGUGACUUUCAUUUCUUCCAUUAUAAAUGGCAAGCAGAUUAUGCAAAUGGUCCCAGGAGUAGAUUUGAGUACCUCUGCACCAGAGGUAACGCCUGGAACUUGUGAAGAUUCCAGCUGGUCUCAAGCAAGUAGCGUUGUGCUGCGCCUGAAAGUAGAGGGGAUGACCUGUCACUCCUGCACCAGCACCAUUGAGGGGAAGAUUGGCAAAUUGCAAGGAAUUCAGCGGAUUAAAGUGUCCCUGGACAAUCGGGAAGCUGUUGUUGUCUACCAGCCUCAUCUAAUUACAGCAGAAGAAAUAAAACAUCAAAUUGAAGCUGCGGGUUUCACAGCAUCUUUCAAAAAGCAGCCUAGACCCCUCAAGCUCAGUGCUAUUGACCUGGAAAGGUUGAGGAAUACUCAGAUCAAAGGCUCGGAGACAGCACUGAAAGAAAACUCAAAUGUGAAUGAUACAAAGACAAUUGUCUUCAGAAUUGAUGGCAUGCACUGCCGUUCAUGUGUCCUCAAUAUUCAGAGUACCGUAUCAGCACUCCCAUCAGUAACAAGUAUAGUUGUUUCAUUAGAGAAGAAAUCUGCUAUUAUAAACUAUAACCCAAACUUAGUUAGCAUAGACGUACUGAGAAAAGCCAUAGAGGCAGUGUCUCCAGAGACAUUUAAAGUCAGCCUUCCUGACGAGUAUGAAAAUGUAGCACUUUUCUCCACGCUGGCUUCUCCACUGAAGUCUCCUCAUCCUGCUUUGAAGGAUGCUAGCCAGCCACUUACUCAAGUUGUUGUGAUAAAUAUUGAGGGAAUGACUUGCAACUCUUGUGUGCAGUCCAUUGAGGGAGUCAUAUCCCAAAAGGCAGGUGUAAAAUCUAUUCAUGUGUCUCUCUCAAAUUGUAAUGCGACUAUAGAAUAUGACCCUCUGCAAACAUGCCCAGAAGACUUGCGAUCCUCAAUAGAGGAUAUGGGAUUUGAUGCUUCUUUAUCAGCAAAGGCAGAACUACCUGUGGGAAUAGCUCAGCCCUCAGCGGAAGUGCAGCUGGAAUCUCACAAAACCGAGCCUCCUUCCAAAGUGUCACCAGCCCACCUUGCUAGACAAGAGACAAAGACUAUAUCAAAGUGCUACGUCCAAGUCACAGGAAUGACAUGUGCUUCAUGUGUAGCCAACAUUGAGAGAAACUUGAGAAGAGAAGACGGAAUACAUUCAAUACUUGUUGCCCUCAUGGCAGGAAAGGCAGAAGUGAGGUAUAAUCCUGCUGUCAUCCACCCUUCAGCUAUUGCAGAGCUCAUACGGGAACUGGGAUUUGGAGCUACCGUGAUGGAAAACUGUGGUGAAGGAGAUGGAAUUCUGGAACUUGUUGUGAGAGGAAUGACAUGUGCUUCUUGUGUACACAAAAUAGAAUCCACCCUCAUGAAGACUAAUGGUGUUUUAUACUGCUCAGUAGCUCUUGCAACCAACAAAGCACACAUUAAAUACGAUCCUGAAAUUAUAGGUCCUCGAGAUGUUAUACAAGUGAUAAAGGAUUUGGGUUUCACUCCUUCGUUAGUCAAAAAAGAUAGAUCUGCUAGUCAUCUAGAUCACAAACAGGAAAUAAGGCAGUGGAAAAGGUCUUUUGUCGUGAGUCUUGUUUUCUGUAUUCCUGUCAUGGGGCUGAUGAUUUACAUGAUGGUUAUGGACAGUCAGCUUGCAGAUGCUCGUGCACAUCACAACAUGAGCAAUGAGGAAAUGGAGGCCCUUCACUCCUCUAUGGUCCUGGAAUACCAGCUCCUACCAGGAUUGUCUGUUAUGAAUUUUCUGUCAUUUUUACUCUGUGUCCCUGUACAGAUGUUUGGAGGCUGGCACUUCUAUAUACAGGCAUACAAAGCACUGAAGCACAAAACUGCAAAUAUGGACGUGCUCAUUGUUUUGGCAACCUCCAUUGCAUUUGUCUACUCGUUUGUUAUUCUUCUAGUUGCAAUGGCUGAGAAAGCAAAAGUGAACCCUGUAACUUUCUUUGACACACCUCCUAUGCUGUUUGUGUUCAUCUCUUUGGGCCGGUGGCUAGAGCAUGUUGCAAAGGGUAAAACAUCAGAAGCACUGGCAAGACUAAUUUCAUUACAAGCUACUGAAGCUACUAUUGUUACCUUGGGCCCUGAUAACGUUCUUUUAAGUGAAGAGCAAGUUGAUGUCGAACUGGUUCAACGAGGUGACAUUGUCAAAGUGAUCCCAGGAGGCAAAUUCCCAGUGGAUGGUCAUGUUAUUGAAGGACACUCUAUGGUAGACGAAUCUCUUAUCACAGGUGAAGCGAUGCCUGUGACUAAAAAACCUGGCAAUACAGUUAUUGCAGGUUCCAUUAAUCAGAAUGGAUCACUACUGAUUUCAGCAACCCAUGUUGGAGCUGAUACAACUCUUUCCCAAAUUGUUAAACUUGUGGAGGAGGCCCAGACCUCAAAGGCUCCUAUCCAGCAAUUUGCAGACAAACUUAGUGGCUACUUCGUUCCUUCUAUUGUGGCUGUCUCUGUGGUUACCCUUUUUGCCUGGAUUAUAAUUGGAUUUGUGGAUUUUGAAAUAGUAGAAAAAUACUUUCUGGGUUACAAUAAGAGCAUUUCUGCAGCCGAAGUGAUAAUCCGCUUUGCUUUCCAAGCCUCUAUCACAGUCUUGUGCAUUGCAUGCCCCUGUUCUCUGGGAUUAGCCACCCCGACAGCUGUGAUGGUUGGUACUGGAGUAGGAGCUCAGAACGGCAUACUGAUCAAAGGAGGAGAGCCGUUAGAGAUGGCACAUAAGGUAAAGGUGGUUGUAUUUGACAAAACAGGUACUAUUACUCAUGGGACUCCAGAAGUGAUGCAGGUGAAGUUUCUAGUGGAGAGUAACCAGCUACCACAUAAUAAAAUGCUGGCGAUCGUGGGGACUGCAGAGAGUAAUAGCGAGCAUCCUCUUGGAGUAGCAAUAACAAAAUACUGCAAAAAGGAACUGGAAUCAGAAACCCUUGGGACGUGUACAGAUUUUCAGGUAGUUCCAGGCUGCGGCAUUAGUUGUAAAGUCACCAAUAUUGAAGCAUUACUCUACAGGAAAAAUGAAAUGGUUGAAGAAAACAAUAUUAAAAAUGUGACACUUGUGAAAAUUGAGGAAAAUAGAGACGAAUCGGUGCAGCCUGCUUUGAUUAUUGAUGCUGAACUACCAACUACUCUGACUUCUCAAAAAUACUCUGUUCUCAUUGGGAACCGGGAAUGGAUGAAUAGAAAUGGCCUCCUUGUUAAAAAUGAAGUUGAUAAAGCCAUGACGGAACAUGAGCGGAGAGGUCGCACAGCAGUUCUAGCAGCUGUUGAUGGAGUGCUUUGUGGCUUGAUAGCUAUUGCUGAUACUGUGAAACCAGAAGCUGAGCUGGCAGUCCACACUUUGAAGAGUAUGGGAUUAGAAGUUGUCCUAAUGACUGGUGACAACAGCAAAACAGCAAGAUCUAUUGCCUCUCAGGUUGGCAUCACCAAAGUGUUCGCAGAGGUUCUUCCCUCCCACAAAGUAGCCAAAGUGAAACAGUUACAAGACGAAGGAAAACGGGUGGCUAUGGUUGGAGAUGGUAUCAAUGACUCCCCAGCUCUUGCUAUGGCCAAUGUGGGAAUUGCUAUCGGCACGGGUACUGAUGUAGCCAUUGAGGCAGCUGAUGUGGUUCUAAUUAGGGAUGACUUGAUGGAUGUGGUAGCAAGUAUAGAUUUAUCAAGGAAAACUGUGAAAAGGAUCCGGAUCAACUUUGUCUUUGCUCUAAUUUAUAAUCUCAUUGGAGUUCCCAUAGCUGCUGGUGUCUUCCUGCCCAUUGGUUUGGUUUUGCAGCCCUGGAUGGGAUCUGCAGCAAUGGCUGCCUCCUCUGUUUCUGUUGUGCUUUCUUCUUUGCUGUUAAAGAUGUACCAGAAACCAAGUGCUGAGAAACUCGAGUUUCGGGCCCGUGGCCAAAUGAGGCACAAGAGCCCAUCGCAAAUCAGUGUCCACAUUGGAAUUGAUGAGACUGGCACAGGCUCUCCUAAACUGAGCUUAAUGGAUCAAAUCAUCAAUUACAGUAGAGCUUCCAUAAAUUCUCUCUUUUCAGACAAGCGUUCAGUGAACAGCAUAGUUCUUAACGAACCAGAUAAGCAUUCACUUUUGGUUGGAGAUUUUGGAGAAGAUGAUGACACAGCAUUAUGAAGGGCUUGCCCCUUCCCUCCCACCCCUGCUAAGCAAAAAAAAAAAAAAAACAAAACCCAAAACUGAAGCAAGAUGAAGAAACAACCAAAACACCUGUCUAGAAGUCUGUGCAUGUACUGAUCAUUUCUGGAGGUCUUUUCAGAUGUAUUUCUUCUUUAAUGUAGAAAGCUAGUUUUUGCAGUGACUUUCCAGGGUCAUUGUUUUUUGGGGAGGGGGGGGGUGGUUUUUUUUUAAACUAGACUUACCAAAAACAAUGGUGCAUGGGCUGUUAAUGCUUGCAAACAGGGCCAUGUCACCCUUCCAUGAAGCUUGCAGUAUAGGAUUUUUGGGGCAAAAUGUCAAAAUACAAUUAAGGAAACUAAGGAACCACAAACUUACUGCCCAGCCUUAUAACAGGCUACUUUAUGCAUGGUCAAGUUUAGUUACCGUGUUAAAAAACUAUAAAUUACUGCAUCUGCCAAAUACUGACGGUUCUGUGUUUGCAGAUAAGUGUGCCUUACUUCAAAACUUCCAGGACCCCUCUUGUUUCCAUAGCCUGUCUUCUACCAGAAAUGGUUCCUCUCAAAUGCCUUUUCUUUUCACAACCAUCUUCUGGUUCCAGCUUUUCACACUCCUAGUUUCAAAUCAUCUCACCAUUUGUGAUCUGGCCUCCUGUGAGGUAGAAGUAACCGAGAGGUUUUGGGUUUGCUUUCUAACAUCAUACCCAUAUUUAACUCUAUACAUUCAUGCCCCACUACACUCCUACUAAGAUUGUCUACUUGAAGGUUGAAUGGGUUGGGAGGUUUGCUCUUUCCCAACCUCUCCUGAGCCAAAAAAUCCUGCAACAUCUCAAUACGAUAUGAAUGUGAUGUGGCAUUAGCCAAAAUGUAUAGCUUUUAAGAACGCAGCAAUGUAGUUAGUGCUCACUGCCAAUAUCUGCUAGCACUCUGUAAAUGAACCAGAAUAGUUUGGACUGGUGUCACACAGACUGCCUUUAAAAUCUUUACAGUUCAGUCUUUGCAGGUAUCUAACAACAUCAAAGAAUUUAUUAUGUGUCAGAUACUGCGCUAACAUCAGUUGCUUGUGAAGAUAAGUGUCUGUAUACCAGGAAUGGUCCAGGCUUUGUGAAUUAAGACAGUCUUCAUUUGUUACUGAAGUGAAAUACCAAAAUACAGGUUUUGAUCAUGAAAUCAUUAAUAUUAAAAAUAUUCUCAAUGAGAAAUAAAGGUGUUCAUCACCCAGUGGCUAGCUACCUGUUUGUCACUUAAUAAACCUUGUUCUUUAAAUCCUCUGCUGAGGUGGCUAUCUGAAGCAGUUACUAGGUUUGAUAAUGUUGAAUUACAUUAUGAAAUACAGUCUGUGGUGUAAACAUGUAAUUCCAAUUUGUGCUUAUAGAAGAGAAAUAGUCAGUUUGGAGUACGGUGAAGAGUUGUCUAUAAUGUUCAAUUUUUUAACUUGAAGUCUAAUGUCAGUGCAUAGAUUUUGUAUAUAAAAAGUCGUAAGUAAAUAGCUUUUGCAUUUUAUCUGAGAACUACCAGAAAAAUACCAGUGUAUGAAAACAGAAGAGUUGUGCUGUGGAAUAUGUUGUUAGUAAAUCAGUGUACUUGUUAUAUUGCAGUGAGGAGAACAACAUAAUCUGUUGCCGCCGCUAGUUUAAGAAACAAAAUAUUUCUGUUGCCCGAUUUUGGUUCUUAGUAUCUCUACAUGAGUAUAGAUUGGGGUUUUUUUUAAAUUAGAUUAUAGCUAUAUGUAUAUAUUGUAGUGUUAAAGAAAUGCUGAGAUACAUUACUGCAAAGCCAUUCUGUAAGAUGAUGUUCUCGGUUUUCAACAACAAAACUGUUUUUUACAAAGCAGAUAGUUAUCUAAAAACUGUUUGAUCGUGUUAUGAUGGUUUUGUAGUGCUUCAUAACCAUGCAAACUGUUUCCAAAGAUUUCAGUUUUCUUGUUUAUCCACACUUAUUCUUGGUGGUGCUCUUGGCAAGAUUCCACAGCUGAAAGGGAAGUAUGCCACAUAUUUUUGUCUGGACUGUGCUGAUGGGUGGUCUUAAUUGUGAAGACACAAGGCAGAUCCUAGUGUGCUUUCAGAUGGGAGUUUCACUACUGCAGGUGUUGGUGAUGGUGUAUAUGUCAUGUAAAUGACAGACAUCAUGCUCUUACUGCAGGAAAUAGAGUAGUAAUUUAGGGUUAAAUUCCUGGUUGGUAGAUAAAACAGCAUGAAGAAUUUGUUUAAAUUAUUUCUGAAUAUAUUUUUAGGGCGCUUUGGCUUUGACCUUUUGUUGUCCAGAUUGUGCAUAGGUUGAAUGUCUACAGUGAAACGCUGGCUUUAUCACCAACUUUUUCCCAAUACAGAUGUUUUUCUAGGCUUUUCCAUUUUCUGUGAAACCUGGCAUUUGAUCCAGUUACACAAAAAUAAGGCUACUUUUGAAAACCAGGAUAAUUAGUGAGGUGCAGAGAUGAUUAUUGGGGAAUAAGGAACAGUGAAAUGCUGGCUGGGAGGGAAUGGGAUAGCAGCUUUUAAGUACAGAUGGAGGAUCAAACUUGAGAGAGAGGAAAUGACUGAGCUAAAGAUCAGUGUUAGCCCAAGAAUGAAUGGGUGUCAAGUGGUUGUGGUAAAUCUAGGCUUGAACUGAGAUGAAGCGCUUUAACUAUAACAGCUAUCAGGUUCUGAGACGGCUUCUGCUAGAGCUAGUAUGGGUGGAAACCAAAUUGCUCUCGUCUUUCUGAAAGAGGCUUGUAUGAAGUGACGCCAGCAAAAGCCGUAGUCAGCACUUACUGACCCAGGAAGCCCCUUUCAAUCUAGUUUUCCUCUUUAGGAAAGUCUAUCUGGACUUGUCUUUUGAACUUCAAUUUAGUACACAGUACACUUGAGUAAUGUAUAAUUGAUUAAAAAAUACAGAGUCCAGAUCUUUGAAAAUAGUUUGUCUGUCCAACACCCACCCCCCCGCCAAAGGUGUGAUACUGACUUACAGAAUGUUUAUCUUGUGAUAAAAAUAUUAUAUAAGGUGCUUUAUGUUGAAGAACCAAAAUAUUUUUCGGUUUCAAUGUACAGUACAAGUGAAAUAGUGUGGGAGCUAAAUGUUUUCCCAAAUGUAAAUGUUUUUAUAUGUAAAUAUGUUACUCCUGUUGGAGACAGUUUGGAUUCAGAAAUUUAAAAUAUCACUUGGAAACACACAGUUACAAAUGAAAUUGUUAUUACUAGUUUGUCUAUUUUAUUGUAUACUGUAACUAGCUAUUUAUAAAACCUGUCCUUUAUUUAAAAAACAAAGUACAUAUGCUCGAGGCUUUAAAAAUUGCUCUUUGAAUCUUACCAAUAAACUUUUACAAGACUAGACACUUGAAUGUGUGAAAAAGAAUGUGAAGCUGACAAAACACAACGGAAGCAAGCAAGCAUUUUUAUUUAUUAAAAACUAUGUUUAUUGUUUUGCUUAGAACUUCCAAUGAAAUGGUAUAAACUUGAGAUUUUUUUUUUUUAUUCAAUUUUGGUAUGAAGAAUGGAGAAAUGAAUGCUGUUCCGGAAUGUUAAUUUAGUGCUGUUAUAUUUCUUUACAUCUAGAAACAGAUAGUCUCACAUCUCCUAUUCUUCUAAGACUGUGCCUCCAUCAUUACAAUGGCAAUUAUAAGCUAUAUAAUAAAAAUGUAACAUCCGAAGACUGUUUUAAAUCA